CCCCAGGCCGGCACGAUGCGGCCCAGGGCCGCGGCGACGUCAAGAAUCAUCGGCGACGCGAGCCGCGGCAUCUCGCGGCCGGUCCCGCUCGUCCUGCGAUUCACCUGCGUCCUUGCCCUACUGGUGCACGCCGCCACGUGGAUACCGAUCGCCGAGGCUGUGAUCUGCAAAGACUCGUACAAAUGCGAUUGCACGGGGAUAAAAGGACAGCCAGGAUUUCCUGGAAUACCUGGACCUCACGGAACGGAGGGACUCCCAGGUGACAUUGGACCGGACGGACCCCUCGGACCCAAAGGCGAGAAAGGAGCGGCGGGGGAACAUGGAGGCACCGGAGAAAAGGGCUACCGGGGCGAUGAUGGUAUACAAGGAUUUGUGGGAGCCGCAGGACUUUCCGGUAAUCCUGGUGUACCCGGUGUGAUGGGUCCAGACGGACUGGACGGGUGCAACGGAACCGACGGCCGUGCCGGCGCACCCGGCAUACCCGGGGUUUUCGGGCCCCGCGGACCGCAAGGACCGACAGGCGAGUUUGGUUAUUCGGGGGAGCCUGGUGACGGAGGCAUAAAUUCGGUUGGCGCCAAAGGAAUUCGCGGGAACCCCGGCAUCGAUGGAUUGGAGGGUUAUCGAGGGCAGCAGGGGCUCACCGGCGAGAUGGGUUAUCCAGGAGAGACGGGCGACUUUGGUUUGCCAGGUUCUCCUGGCGUGCCGGGUACGCAAGGUGAUCGCGGCGACGCCGUGUACGGUGUGCAGGGUCAACUUGGUGAACAGGGAGACAGGGGAGAGCCCGGGGCACCGGGUAAGGACGAAUAUAAGAAGCCGGAAAACUCGACGGCCAUCAAAGGACCGCAAGGGCCAAAAGGCAUGAAGGGCUUCUACGGCGAUCGAGGUCGCAAGGGUGAGAUGGGCGCCAAGGGUCCACAGGGUCGACCAGGUUUCUUGGGUGUCAAGGGUGUGAAAGGUGAACAAGGUGACGAUGGACCAAGAGGUAAGCAGGGUAUCGGGGGCCCGCCGGGCCCGGCCGGUGAGAAGGGAGAGAAAGGAGCUCCAGGAUUCGCUGGACUGCCUGGUCAGGAUGGAGAAGAUGGAGAACCAGGAGAAGAAGGAAAUCGUGGUCCACCUGGUAAACAAGGAGCUGAGGGAGAAAUUGGACAGUACAUUCCAGAACUCGAUGAGAUAAUCGCCGGAAAUAUCGGGAUUCAAGGGGAUCUCGGUCCCCCUGGUGAACCAGGCGGAUCGGGAAUACCGGGUCUGCAAGGAAAGGUCGGCUUUAUAGGACCGCCAGGACCACCAGGACUCCCGGGUACUCCUGGUCUGGCGGGAGUGAAGGGUUCGUCCAUAAAAGGAGAACAAGGAGAUGAUGGCUUACCGGGACCUAUGGGGCAUCAAGGGUCUUCCGGACUACCCGGUUUACCUGGAAUUACGGGAGCCAAAGGAUUUCCGGGGGUAACGAUAACUGGACCGCCAGGGCUAGACGGCCAUCCAGGUCUCCCGGGAUUGUUGGGCCCACCUGGCGAUCGCGGUGAUCCUGGUCCUCCAGGAGAGAAAGGUUUUCCUGGGAAAGGAAUAAGAAUUCGUGGGCCAGCUGGAGAACGGGGUCUGCCCGGAACACCUGGUAUUCCUGGUCCUGACGGCUGGCCUGGUCUUACCGGGUCUAAGGGUCUCAAGGGUAUUCAUGGAGACGACUGUGGCGUAUGUGCCCCAGGUCUGCCGGGGGAUAAAGGAGAACGCGGUGAAUCUGGCUUGGACGGAUAUCCUGGAGCCUCGGGAUUCCCUGGUCUACCCGGUCCACGGGGACUUAAGGGUAUACAAGGCAAGCGAGGUCCGCAAGGACCAUUUGGACUUGAGGGCGAUAGCGGUAGACCUGGUAUUGCGGGAGUUCAAGGGCCUAAAGGAGAACAUGGAAGAGUAUUCUUCCCGCCAGGCGAGAAGUUCGUGAGCCCGCCGGGCGAUAUCGGUGAGAAAGGUUUACCUGGCCACGAGGGGCUCAGGGGUCUGCGAGGACAACCAGGGCCCAUUGGUGAUACAGGCGUACCAGGACCGAAAGGAGACAAGGGUGAACAUGGUUCUCCUGGAUUGUCGGGAAGAGACGGUUCGCCAGGAUGGGAUGGCAUUCCUGGUGAAAAAGGUGAAGACGCCUCGAUAGCAAUUGAGUUCUUGCGUGGAGAGCCAGGAUUUCCGGGAGUGACGGGAAUCAAAGGAGUAUCAGGAGAUAAGGGCCUCAAAGGAGAACCUGGUACUUCCGCGGAAUAUGUUACUGACGUACAGGGUGAAAAGGGUUUCAAAGGUGAAAGAGGAGCUCCUGGUGAAUUCGGUUACAAAGGUUUCCAAGGACGUUCUGGCGACGAAGGUCUACCAGGAUUCCCUGGUGAGCCUGGUUCUCCAGGACUUUCGCUUCAAGGUCCUGGCGGAUUGAAAGGAUAUCCUGGUAUGCCUGGAGAGCAGGGGCCUCGAGGCACACCAGGCUCACCUGGAUUACAGGGGCCAGUAGGUUUUUCGGGUCGCAUCGGCAACAAGGGCGAACGAGGAGAUCCAGGCUCAAACUUAACAUAUGGCGAAAUUGGAGAACGCGGAUGGUACGGUCCAAAGGGUGACGUCGGUGAUGCUGGUCCACAGGGAUUCUCUGGCCGACCGGGAGAGGAUGGUCUAAAGGGCGGCAAGGGCGCCAAGGGAGCGCCUGGUUACGAAGGAUUGCCUGGACUUGAAGGAGCCAAAGGUCAACAUGGAGACAGUAUACAAGGUGAUCGCGGAUUUCCGGGAAUUCCUGGCCAGCCUGGAAUGCCCGGAAGAAUCGGUGAUGUCGGAAACCGCGGACCGGACGGUCCUUCCGGUUUUGACGGAAUGAAGGGCUUGAAAGGAGAAAUCGGUUUUAUCGGACGACGUGGUGACGACGGCGACAUAGGACCUCAGGGAUACCAAGGGAUGCACGGCGUGCAAGGUCUACCGGGUGCUCCAGGGGACAAAGGAGAUAUCGGCGAGAGUGGCGAGCCGGGGCCACUCGGUUGGCCUGGUUUGGAAGGUAUAGACGGGAUGCACGGUCCUAAAGGAGAGAUGGGAGAGGUAGGACUCCCUGGUUUACGAGGAGCGGAAGGAUCACCUGGAUUUAAAGGUAUCACCGGUGAUACUGGUCUCGAGGGAUUAGCGGGAAUCCCUGGCGAAAACUCCUUCAGCGGUCCUCAAGGUGACGUGGGUGCACCUGGUUUUAUGGGAGAACUUGGACCGCCCGGUCUGACUGGAUUCGACGGACGGCCGGGUUUACCGGGAGAACCGGGAUUAGCCACUGACGGUUUCAAUGGCCUGCAAGGACAGAAAGGUGAACCCGGCUUCGAUGGAUACGACGGUGUUGGUGGACCAAAGGGAGAAAUUGGUGACAUGGGUCCUGAUGGAUUAAAAGGUGAACGUGGUGAGCAAGGUUUCCCGGGACGACCAGGCGCGCCUGGAGUAUCUGGUAGAUAUGGUGCGAAAGGUGAAAGAGGUCCGAUUGGGCCACCCGGAUUUGAAGGUUUGAAAGGAAAGGCUGGUCUUGAUGGUGAUCCAGGUAUAAUGGGCAGACCAGGAAUGCCUGGUGAGCCUGGUGUGAGGGGAAUUCAGGGCAUUAUAGGUGCUCCUGGAUCAAAGGGUUACGUAGGCGAACCUGGUUUGCCGUCUUACGCGUUCGCGGCGAAGGGCGAUUUCGGUAAUCGUGGCCACGAUGGUUUCGUCGGCAUGAAAGGACAAUCAGGCGAGCCAGGAUAUAUCGGCAUGCCUGGCCGUAAGGGUCAAACGGGAGACAGAGGAUAUCCGGGUCCUGGUGGUUUUCCAGGAUUACCUGGUUUCCCUGGUCUGGUGGGUGAUCAAGGACCUCGCGGAGCUCCAGGACUGCCCGGUGAAUUUGCUGAACCUGGUGAGCCUGGUCGCGCCGGUCUCGAUGGUGUGGCUGGUACUCCAGGGCAUGCAGGACAGAAAGGAGCGCCUGGUGAAUAUGGCCCGAACGGACCUAAAGGAAUCUCUGGCGAUAUAGGCCCCAGCUUCCGUGGUUCUAAAGGAAUGGUCGGAGAACCAGGUCUGCGAGGAUUCGUCGGCGUACCAGGUAUGCCAGGUUUAGAAGGAUUGCAAGGUUUUCCCGGAGCACUGGGGCCGAAAGGCUACCGUGGAGAACCGGGAAUAUCUGCGGGCAGCAAACAAGGACAACCCGGCGAACCUGGAUGGCCUGGACUCGAUGGUCGAAUUGGACCGAAGGGAAUGAAAGGUGACGCUGGUCUAGCUGGCUUUGACGGAUUGCCAGGACCGAAAGGAGAAAGGGGAGAUACCGGUGAACCUGGUCUGCGUGGGUUGCCUGGUCCUGAAGGGCCACAGGGACCGAAAGGAGUACCUGGCAUAAAUCCUUUCCCGCCAUUCCCGAGACGAGGACCCCCUGGUGACACAGGAGUGCCCGGAUUACCAGGUUUCCCUGGACUACAGGGAAUGAUGGGUGAGCCUGGCAAGGACGGUCUACCAGGACGACAGGGUGAAACAGGAAUACUUGGAAUUCCUGGGUCGCGAGGACCGGAAGGUAAAGACGGCCCCCCUGGAUAUCAAGGACCUCCCGGAGCAACUGGACGACAAGGACAACCAGGUUUCCGUGGCGCACCUGGAAUACCUGCGCCGAACGGAAUUGGUCCGAGGGACAGAGGAUUCUACUUCGCACGUCAUUCGCAAUCCGAAAUGAUACCAACCUGCCCGAGGAAUACCGUGAAGAUCUGGGAAGGAUUUUCGCUAUUGCACACGAUGGGUAAUGGACGACCCUACGCGCAGGAUCUUGGUGCUGCUGGCAGUUGCAUUAAGAAGUUCUCCACUAUGCCCUUCCUGUUCUGCAAUCUGAACAACGUGUGCGAUUACGCGAAUCGUAACGACUACAGUUACUGGCUCAGCACAACCGAGCCUAUGCCGAUGAUGAUGACACCAAUACCGGCUCCGGAAGUCGGUAGAUACAUAUCGAGAUGUUCUGUGUGCGAAGCACCGACUAGGGUAAUAGCUGUUCACAGUCAAUCCAUGACAAUACCCGAAUGCCCGGGUGGUUGGGAUGAAAUCUGGGUUGGAUACAGUUUCCUCAUGCACAGAGAUGCAGGCGCGGACGGCGGCGGCCAGUCCCUAGUCUCGCCCGGUUCCUGCUUGGAGGAGUUCCGCGUCAGGCCGUUUAUCGAGUGCCGCGGCCUCGGCACUUGCAACUACUUCGCCACGGCGACGUCGUACUGGCUAGCGACCAUUCGCGACGACGAGAUGUUCCGCAGGCCGCUGCAGCAGACGCUCAAGGCCGACCACACGUCCCGGGUGAGCCGCUGCACCGUGUGCCUCCGCCGACGGGUCACCGAGGUCCUGAAGCCCUUCACGUCCAACAACGAGCGGGUCCCCAAUAACUGGGGCAUCGCCCCGCCGGCACCGCCGCCGCCACCUCGUAAUCUACCCGAUUACGAGUCCAGGGUGCCGCCUGGUCGGCCAAGAUAUGCCCCUCAUAGACGCGUGCCCUAUCAACACCGCAGGAGAAGCCGCGUGCGCGGCAAACAAGCCACGGAGUCCUCCAACAACCUGUAGGCGCGACGCAAAUUGCACGCACGUCCAGAACAGGCGGCACCAGUGACGUGCAAGGGCGCAGCAAGCCUAUGUAUAUAAAGAAGCAGGAGAAACUCUUUUUUUUUCUAUAUUAGUUAAGUUAUAUCGACCGGGUGCCCCUUUGGUUCGUGGACCUUACGUCGGAUAGAAACGCGGAUGAACGCUCAGGAACCGCGCCGUAAGGGGCUCGAGAUAACGCAGACAACACGCGAGUCUGGAGAACGUCGUAGAGGAGCGUUCUUCAAAUAUCUUCCGGUCUAUUAUGCUGCUUGGAGAUAGAAAUCCUACGUACAAACGUCUCCCUUUCGAGUCGCGGACCAUUGAGAUGCCAUAUUGGAUAUGAAACGCAAUUGAGUACAGAGUGCUUUGAUAAACUUACUCUCAAUCUAUCGGUACAUUCUUCGGAGGUUGUAACGGAACACACACAAAAAAAAAGAGUCGCUCGUCAAAGUGGCUGCUGUUGAAUCAAGACCUGGGUCGCUGCUUAUCUAGAAAUCCUUAUCUCGGACCCUUGUAUCGUUCCCGGGAAUUUGUCGCUGUUAUUCCGUUCCCACCCUGCGCGGGAGGUCUACGACCUGCUCCCCGGCCGUCCCGUCUCUUCCUGCGCGCCCGACAAAAGAGCGCCGCCGGCUGCCGUGAAGUCAUAUAACUGCCUUAUGCCAAAUAGAAAAGGAACCGCCGUCGCGUCCGGCGAUCGCAAAACUGCCAGUAACAUCCCGCGGUCGCCGAUGCGACUUACCGAGAGAUUCACACUACGAUAAUUAAAUUAACGUUAUGUAUAUUGUAUCGCUGUCGUAACUAUUACCUAUGUAUCUCGCAUUGAAUAAAGGAUCUUUUGUUUUUGUAUAAGCUAA